CGUAAACAAACAAAACAAAAUUCGUGUUUUCGCGGUUUCGUGGUAAAAAUUCGGCCUAAAAUCCCGAAAGUGGUGUAUUUUAAUGAGGGAAAUGACUAACGGUAAAAUGAGCAAGGCGACCGGGGCAAAUACCAACACCGAAAAGCAAACCGACACCUCCCCGGCCGACAUGAACGAAGCGUACCGGCGUGGCUGCAAACUGCUGCACGAAAAAUGCAAAGCCAUACAGCGCAGCAACGAGCGGCUAGUGUUUAGGUUACACAAGGUUCGUAAAAUGACCAAAACUCGUAUGCGGGAUGUUGAACUGCUGAAGGCCCGGUUAGAUUCCCAUCACGACGACUGGAGGACGGCACCCGAUCCGACCGAUAUUAAGGAGGAAGGAGAAGAGUGAAAUAGUUGUAAAACAUUGUGCUUUCCUAUAUUUUAAACAUUGCUGUGUUAUGCUAAGAAUAAAUAAUUGUACCUUUUAAAUAUAACGG